UGUUUUCCAUUUUUUGUUGCAAAGGUGUUAUAUUUAGCAUGAUUAGAAACUGUCAAUAUAUACAAGCUAAUUAAAUUCAAUAUAAUUUAGUAGAAUCAAAUAUGAAUUCCCCUUCGGAUAAUGAAGAAAUCAAUGAGGAAAUCGUACAAAUUUUAAAGCAAAAAUGGACUUUAAGUGAAGAGGAUCUCAAGCGGCAGUUCACUAAAGCCGAAUUAAAAAAGUUGUGUUUAAAACGUAAAUGCCGAGUGGACAUGUGGAAAUGGAAUCCGGUAAAUGAAAUGCAUGAAAAGCUUGUAAAAGAUGGACGCUUUAAGCAACGUCCAACCGGCUAUUGUUUACGUUUAACAGCUAAAGGAGUUAAUAAAUACAAGCACAAAAUAAUGUACGACCGCAAAAUUAUAAAAAAGGCGCGAGAGGAAGAUCGGCGUGAUCAAUUAAAGAAUAGCAUUUUGAGUUUAGGAAUGUGGUUGGCGGAGGAAAAAGAAAAACAACAAGAUGAAGAGCUACGCCCAAUAGAAGAACAUUUCGUUGAGAAUGAAGAAGUCCAGGAUGAAGUAGGAGACUUUGGACGUCGUGACAAUGAAGUGCCUAGCAGCAGUAAAAGAACAUCCGAGUUUAGUACGGAUGACAUUAGACGAGAAAUAGCAUGCAUGUUGGAAGACUUGCCAACUUUUUCAAGUUCAUCGAAAACCUCGUUUGACGGGCGUAACGGAUUCGUUGUCACUUUUGCUUAUGGGAUAGUCAAAACCUCUUUUAUAUUAUUGUUUAAUUAAUGAUCUUCAACAUCAACCCCGUACUUUAAAUAAGUUUUCUUCGCUUUUGUGAAAAACGCUUCUAAAGAACUGAAUCAAUUGAUCAGCUGAAUAGAUGCCGCUUGUACAAAAACUUUGACGCCGCGCAGUUCUCUGUCGUAAUUUAAUAUUAUUAUUUUUAAGCGUUAAAAGAACUUAUGCUCUUGCAUUGUGCAUUACGCACUCCAAAGGGCAAAA